AUCCAAGGUAUGCCCUAUGGGAACUGUUUACUUCUCAGUGAUGGUCCUGGCAAUAACAGCACUGGAAUCCCUUUCUUUUACGUGACGCCGAAGGAUAACACUGUGGCAGAUCUCCUGAAGAAUCCUGUAGCUUCUCUGACCCUGCCAGAGGCAGAUGGAAAUUUCUGCAGAAAAAACGUCAUUGAUCCGGAGGAUCCGAGGUGCGCCAGGCUGACUCUCAUGGGACAGAUGGUCACGGUGCCUCCGGAGGAAGUGGAAUUUGCCAAGCAAGCAAUGUUUUCCAGGCACCCGGUGGUAAGAAAGUGGCCUCGUAGCUAUGAGUGGUUCUUCAUGAAAAUGAACAUUAAGCACAUCUGGCUUCAAAGCUGGUAUGGAGAGGUUUCUGCCAUUGCAGUAGAAGAGUAUUUAAAAGCAGUUCCAA